UACAAACACAGAGAGCUACACUGAAGUAGAGGAGGAAAGAAGGACAGAGAGAGUAAACGGACAGACAGAGAGUGAAGGAUUUGCAAAUCCAGGAGCUGGGCGAGAGGAAAGAUCUGCUGCAUUCUUGCAAGAGAAGACCAAGCAGAGCAACUGUAAACCCAGAGGAAAAAGAAGAAGCUCUUCUCACUGAAUCCAAUACACCAUGGACACUAGGGUUUCACCGCAGUUCUAAACCAAACGGACCCCUUACCCAUCAGGAGCCAUGUCAACAGUCCCUGGCCUUUGUGCACCUGACCUGGUCGAGGGCCCCCAGACCACCGGACCCGUUGGGCUCCAGACCUUGUUGGACCUACUGGUGGGCGUCUACCAGGAGUUCUACUCCUCGUCCUUUGCAAGGGAGAAGUAUGUCUCUGGUUUCCUGCAAUGGGCUGAGCCCUUGGUGAGGCAGGUGAGAAGGACUCGAAUCAAAAGAGAAGACUUUAACAUCCUGAAGGUCAUCGGCCGAGGCACAUUCAGUGAGGUUGCUGUGGCAAGGAUGCGAAGCACACAACAAGUGUACGCUCUGAAGAUUAUGAAUAAAUGGGACAUGCUGAGGCGAGGAGAGGUACACCCACACAAACCUGUGCUCAUAUUCAUGAACAAAAAGACAACGAAAAUGACAGCAUGUUACCAGGAGGAGAGGGAGGUUUUACUGAAGGGUGACAGACGUUGGAUCACAGAGUUGCACUAUUCCUUUCAGGAUGACAACUAUCUAUACCUGGUGAUGGAUUACUACGUAGGGGGGGACCUGCUGACUCUUCUCAGUAAGUUUGGAGACCGGAUCCCUGAGGAUAUGGCUAGGUUCUACUUAGCUGAGAUGGUCAUGGCCAUUGACUCUGUCCACAGACUGGGUUAUGUGCACAGAGACAUCAAACCUGACAACAUCCUGCUGACAGCUGAUGGACACAUCAGACUUGGUGACUUUGGUUCCUGUCUGAGGCUCCAAGAGGAUGGGAUGGUUCACUCAUCCCUAGCAGUCGGAACCCCUGACUACUUGUCUCCAGAAAUUUUAAAAGCAGUAGAAGGAGGCGGAGGUUAUGGUUCUGAAUGUGACUGGUGGGCUCUGGGUAUCUGUGCCUAUGAGAUGGUGCUGGGGACCACGCCCUUCUACGCAGAGUCCAUCUCUGAAACAUAUGCCAAGAUCAUCCACUUUCAGGAGUAUUUUGAAUUCCCUCCUUCUGGCCCUGAGAUUUCAGACAGGGCUCGUUCCUUCAUCACUGGGCUCAUCUGUGAAAGGGAAGUCCGUCUGGGGAGGAAAGGCUCUAGUGACUUCAGGAGCCAUCCCUUCUUCUGUGGACUAGACUGGGGUUCCCUGCAUAAACUCCCUGCCCCCUUCCUGCCUGAAGUAUUUAAUUCAACUGAUACCUCCAACUUUGAUAUUCUGGAUGACUGUCUCAGUGAAAUGGAGACGCUGUCUGACGUAAUGGACAGAGCUCCAAUAGGAGUGCACUUGGCUUUUGUUGGAUACUCUUACACCGCUACCUGUCAGACAGGUGCCAUUGACCGCAGUCAAGACAUCAUGAUGAAGAUUGACCACACAAGGCUAAGGGACUUUAAGAAUCUUUACACACUUGAGAAAUUGAGCCAGCGGUGGCAGCUCACAGACACUUGCCUGCCUGCAUUGCUGGAGUUCCCGCUCACUCUGGAGGAAGGUCCUACUGCAUCCACCCACACUACUACUGAAGACGAGAAGACUGAUCAAAUAUCAGGACUCGAUGAAGACUUACAGAGACGUUUACAAGAAGCAGAGAGGAGAUAUUGUGAGCUGGAGAAAGAAAUGGAGAGAUUGAAGAGGGAGAUGCAGGACUGGAGAGCCUCCAAGGAGACAGCACUGAGUAUCUGUCCAGCAACUCUUGCUCUGCCUGCCUACUGUGUGGACACACCAGGGGAUAGGGAGAGAGUGCCCCCAGCCUGUCAUUACCCCCUGGUGAUUCCUCUUCACCGCCACUUGCUCCUAUUCCACAGGGUUCGCCUGCCACAGGUAAAGAGUGAGUCAUACCUGCUGGUGUGUGCAGAAGGGGGGGCGCUCCAAGCCUGGAAGAGACGGUGUUAUACUGAGCUCUCCUGAAAACACUUUAAAGAUGGCACAUGCUGACUUCUUCCACCGUAACAAGACAAAGGACUGAGCCCCUGCUUUACGCUUACUCCCUGCGCAACGACUCUGUCUCCUAAACUGUCAAACUUAAGUUUUCCAACUGAUAUAACGAGAAAGGCAGGCCAGGCUACUGGGAGAUAAUGAGGAAGGAAUGAUGACAUAUUCUGAACUACCUUGCCUGCUUACUUGAUUGAAAGUCACAAUAGAGAUGCACACUGAGAAAAACACUCAACUUACUUUGAUGUGUGAUAAUAAUGAUGUUUGAGUGACACAGAGAGUGGCCAGAAUAUUGUGUAGCAUGUCUCUGCACCUUGCUCUUGUGUUGCACUACAAAAGGCAUGUUUUGCUGUACCUGUUUUAGUAUUCAAAUAUUUACAAAUAAUGACCAUGAUCUGUAGAUUCACUUGGACAAUACCACCACAGGUUCUGUCAGUGUGAAAGGUGUGCUGCAUGAAUAAAGGUAAACAGUUGUGGAGUUAGGGUGGAAAAUAUAAACGUAUAAAGUCAGAUAUGAAUCAUAAUUCAGGCAGAACAGUAAAGUCACACUUGUAUAAGCUGAUUGUUUCACAAUGACUAAUUCACAGCUGUAUGGCUACCAGCUGACUAGUAACAUCCAAUCAUCCUUAUGCAAGUGUACAGUGCCGCCAUUAAGACACAUCCAAAAGAUGUCAUUUUUGUCAACCUGGAAUGAAAGCUUUUGUGACGUCUUU